AUGCCGGCAAAGCCCGUCCUCAUUAUCGGCGCAGGAGUCGUUGGACUGAGUCUUGCGAACGGCCUCAGGAAAGCGAAUAUCCCUUUCCAGCUAUUCGAGCGUGAUGAGCACAUCUCGACAAGAGGCCAAGGUUGGGCUAUCACUCUCAAUUGGGCCCUCGGAUUUCUGAAAAGUCUCCUGUCGGAUGAGGCCUUUGCCUACAUUGAAGAGACACAAGUCGACCCUGAAGUCGGCCGCAAUGACACCGGUAAUUUCAUCUUCUUGAAUCUGGAGACCCUCGAGACCAAGUUCCGUAUCCCACCAAGUGAGCGGCGGCGUGUGAACCGCGAGAAACUUCGCCAGGUUCUUCUGCAAGAAGUAAGCGACAAAGUACACUGGAGUAGACGCCUUAUCGGGAUCGAGGAAGCGCAAGAUGGAGUCGUUGCCAUUUUCGAAGAUGGCUCGCGUGCAGAAGGCUCAAUCAUCGUUGGAAUAGAAGGGUCCAACUCGCGAACGCGACAGCUUGUCGCUCCUGAGACGUACAAAAACACCCAACUUCCUGUGCGGUUUACCGGAGUAGCUGUCGACUUCACGCGAGAGCAGGCCAGGCCGCUGCGGGACUUGGAUCCCCUCUUGUUCCAGGGAUGCCAUCCCAGGACUGAGACCUUUCUUUGGGUCAGCAUGCUCGAGACGCCUGAGGUCAACGGGACCAAGGGGACGGAAAGUGAGCGAUAUCGUGUGCAGAUGAACAUGUCCUGGCCGUUUCGGUCACCAGACGAUGAGGUGAAGCCCACACAAGGGGAACGUCUGGAGGAGAUGAAGCGCCGGGCAGAAGAUUUCCACGAGAACCUUCGCGGCGCGGUACAAUCCAUCCCAGAGGACACUGAAUGCCUCGAGAUUGUUCUACAAGACUGGCCUUGCCUGGACUGGGACAACCAUGGUGGUAGAGUGACAUUAGCUGGUGACGCAGCACAUGCAAUGACGAUGUAUCGAGGUGAAGCGGCCAAUCACGGAAUACUCGAUGCUCUCACGCUCUGUGGAGCCCUCGAAGAUGUGUAUAAAAGCGGCGAAAGCAUGGAGGAAGCCAUCCUCAAGUAUGAGAAGGAGCUCAGAAGCAGGACAAGUGCUGCUGUGCUUCUUAGUCGUCAAGCGUGCUUAGAUGCACAUGACUGGGCGGGCUUGAACGAGCAUUCGGCGGUGCUGAAGAGGAGGGCAAUCGAGUAG